AUGUCAUCAAGCGAACAUAAACUCGACAUAUUGGUUGACUCGUUUGUCAACAAACUUAAAAGAAGACAAAUCACAGGUUCCUAUCAAGUUGCACACGAAACAUGUCAAUUUCUUAUGAGAGUCACUUCUUCUUCACGUUGGCAAAGUCCAGAGGAGUUUAUUGCACUUAUAAGAAGUAUUGGGCAACGUAUAGUCAAGGCACAGCCUCGUGAAUUCGCAGCUGGUAAUGUUUUGAGAAGAGUUUUAGCGCUGGUGCGAGAUGAAAUUAGUGAUAGAAGUGCUUCAGCUUCUGCAGAUAAUGCACCUGUUAAUACAGCAAUGUUUCGCCUUUUGGUUCCUCCACCGGACAAGCAAGAGCAGGAGAAUAAUGCACAGCAGGGCCAAAAUACAAGGAAAAUAGAGAGAAAGGACGAUUUAAGAUCCAUAGUGAUUCAAGGAAUAAGAGAUUUGAUAGAUGAGAUUGCAUCUGUUCAUGAGAACAUAGCACAAAUGACAGUGGAAAUGAUACAUGACAAUGAGGUGUUACUUACGCCGACUCCUGGAUCCGAGACUGUCCUUAAAUUUUUGCUUAAGGCCAGCUUGAAGCGGAAAUUCACCGUUUUGAUUACAGAGAACUACCCAAAUGAUAUUAAACUCUGUCAUAAAGCAGCUAAAAAGCUUGCGGAGGCCAAUAUUGAGACAGUUAUAAUUCCAGACUCUACUAUUUAUGCUGUUAUGUCACGUGUGGGAAAGGUUCUUAUUGGUGCGAGAGCUGUUUUUGCCAAUGGAGGUUGUGUGACAGCGUCAGGCGUUGCCACCGCUUGUGAAUGUGCUAAAGAAUACCGUACGCCUGUUUUUGCAGUGGCUGGAUUGUAUAAAUUCUCUCCAAAUUACCCAUUUGACAGAGAUACACUUAUAGAAGUUGGAAAUUCUGGUAAGGUCUUACCUUACAAAGAUAGCGACCUUGUUGGUAAGUGUGAAGUGACAAAUCCUGUGCUAGAUUACGUUCCACCCGAAUUUAUCGAUAUCUACAUCACAAACAUUGGUGGUUUCUCACCAAACUUUAUCUAUAGAAUUGUGCUUGAUAACUAUCGAACUGAUGAUGUCGACUUUUCAUGA